GUCCGGGGGGAAGAGAUGCCCACCCGCUUUUAGAAAGGCUCUGGCGCCAUUGAGAUCUGGCUGUGCUCUUGUGUUUAAACCGUUUUAAAGAAGAUAAGAAGGCAAAUUUUACUUUAUGGGCGGCACUUCUAUAUACAACGUCACAGGUUUGAAUGGUACAAAAAGCCGGAUGCUGAAACCAGCCAGAAUAUUCUGUAAGGCUCACGCUGCUGAGGGGGGUUUGUGUGUGUAAUACUAUAGACUCUAAAGUGAAAAUGGUGAAGGAAACUGCAUACUAUGAUGUGUUGGGUGUCAAACCUGAUGCAAGUGCAGAUGAACUGAAGAAAGCCUACAGGAAACUGGCUCUGAAAUAUCACCCUGACAAGAAUCCCAAUGAAGGUGAAAAGUUCAAACAGAUUUCCCAGGCCUAUGAAGUGCUCUCUGAUUCCAAAAAGAGAGAGCUGUAUGACCGUGGUGGGGAGCAGGCCAUUAAAGACGGUGGCACAGGAGGCAGUAGCUUUGGCUCACCGAUGGACAUCUUUGACAUGUUCUUUGGGGGAGGUGGAAGAAUGCAUAGGGAAAGAAGAGGAAAAAAUGUGAUUCAUCAGCUGUCUGUAACCCUGGAAGACCUUUACAAUGGGUGCACAAGAAAACUUGCACUUCAGAAGAAUGUGAUCUGUGAAAAAUGUGAAGGGCGUGGUGGCAGGAAGGGAGCGGUGGAGUGCUGUCCUAGCUGUCGUGGGACAGGAAUGCAGGUGCGCAUUCAUCAGAUCGGACCCGGCAUGGUGCAGCAGAUCCAGUCAAUCUGUACAGGGUGUCAUGGCCAGGGGCAGCGCAUCAAUCCCAAAGACAAGUGCAAGACCUGCAAUGCAAGAAAGAUUGUGCGGGAAAAGAAGAUACUGGAAGUUAACAUUGACAAAGGCAUGAAAGAUGGACAGAAGAUCACAUUUGCAGGUGAAGGAGAUCAAGAGCCAGGGUUAGAACCUGGAGACAUAAUUAUUGUCCUGGAUCAAAAAGAGCAUCCUGUGUACACCAGACAAGAAGAAGACUUGCUUAUGCAGAUGGACAUUCAGUUGGUAGAGUCGCUCUGUGGCUUUAAAAAGCUCAUCACAACACUUGAUAACAGAACUCUAGUCGUAACAUCACAUCCAGGUCAGGCAAUCAAACCUGGUGAGCUCAAAUGCCUUUUGAAUGAGGGGAUGCCAACAUACCGCAGGCCAUAUGAAAAGGGUCGUCUCAUCAUUCAGUUCAAGGUUGUCUUCCCAGAGGAGAAUUUUGUCCCACUGGAUAAACUGAAGCAGUUGGAAAAGUUGCUUCCCAAAAGGCAAAAGACUGAAUCCAUUGAAGAUGUGGAGAUAAUGGAGGAGGCUGACUUGGAGGAUUUUGACAUGUCCCAGGAAAGAAGGCGGCAUUAUAAUGGAGAGGCUUACCAUGAUGAUAAUGACAGUCGUCAGAGAGGUGUUCAGUGUCAGACUUCUUAAAACAAAAAAAUCCCCUUCCCCCUUCAUCCAUUUACUUUUAAUUUGCUGUCCUUGUAAACUUCUUAACUGCAGUGGCCUACAUGUUUUGAAAUUUGUUAUGAAGCAAUUGCCUUCUGUGGGUGUCUUUCCAAGUUAAGCGUUUUCAUUUCAAUCCAGUUGCAUGUUUCUUAAUAAUGAAAAUUAUGCUCUCAACAAAAAGUGCAGUGGUUAGCAAAAUCUGGAAGUGUAGACUAGUGUCGUUUUUCACAUUCACGUUACUGGUAGAAGGUAUGUGAACAGUGAAACUUUAAUGUCAGUCAAAAUGCAUAGACCUAACAUGAGUCAUGUGCCAUGUUAGUGUUGCCCCACCAUUUUGGUAAUUAAGUGCAAAUGUAACUUCAAGAAUGUUUUAAAAGUGUAGAUCAGUUUUUAUACAUAUAUUUUUUUAAGAGCUUGUGUUCUGUAAAUAUGGCAUACUUUAACAUGGCUUUUGUUAUUAAACCUUUUUACAGUGAAAACCAUUCAACCUUAAAGAUCUUCAGACAGAAAUCAUGUGAGGAAUACUGUAUCAAUAAUGAAUCAAUACGCAUGCAUAAUGUAAGGGACUCGCAUCUAUAUUCAAUGUGUUUUGUUUGUAAAAUACAUAUUUGAAAAAGCCAAUGUCCUAGUUCCCAACCCACCAUUAAUACAAAUGCUCUCUAGAACGAAGCUCUGUCAGGACCGUGGUGGCGUCUUUGUCAGUGUACUGCCACAAAAGGGUUAACUGUCAAUCAACACAUAGAGAAUCAUAUCUUAACCACAAUAAAAAUGUUCUUGUGAUUUCAUACAAAAAAAAAAAGUACAACAGUACUUCGAAGAUGAUACCCACAAUUGUGUCCAUGCUAAUGGUUGAGAAUGAUAUGGCUUUAGUUCUAAUGGCAUCAGUGCAAACCUGUUUCAGAUUUUUCUCCAGUAAACAAUUCAGUAGAAAAAUGCGAAGGCAAAACAGCAGUGAUGAUGUUGACUGACAGUAAGGUAGAAGUGGAUGGAACGUUCACGUGUGAGGCUCGGUGAGACAACCGAGACUUGUUUUGUACAGGACGUUAAUAAAAAGGUGUUCAUGUGAAAAUGGCCUUUUCCUUCACAUUGUUCAUAGAGUAGGAACACAAACAUAACGUGAACAGGAACGGUAUCAGUACUGUAAUGCACCUAAACCGCAAAACCUAUAAACAGACUCGCCCUUCAUGCACAAUUUACAUUGGGGGAAUUUCAAAAAUGAAAU